UUCAACCCACACACAAACGUCACAUUAAUCCCUUCCUUGUUCGAUGGGGAAUUCCAAAAGUAAAACCUACAAACGAGUUCUAGUUCCAAUCUCGGAAGAACAAUUAUUGGAUAUAUUCAAGAGCCAUGAUCAAGACGGAGACGGAAAGCUAUCAAAGGAGGAAUUGAAGCAAGCAUUUAGCUAUCUUGGGUCACGUUUCAGUGCCUUUAGAGCUGAAGAAGCCCUACGCACCGUUGAUGAUAACCAUGACGGUGUUGUCAGCAUGGACGAGAUGAACAAGCUAAUUCAAUAUACCAAAGUUGAUCGGGAUGAUAACUUGAAUGACUAGACUAGACUAGAGUUCGUGAUCCAACUCAACCCAAUCCUUUACAGAUAGGGUAAGGUUGGAUGAUC